AUGGCGGACGUGCUGGCUAUUCCUGGGGUGCCGAAGCCAUGGAUGGCACAUCCCAAGGACUACACUGAUGCGUCGCGUGAUCUUAUAACCGCCUACGCGUCGGGAUUUCUGGGGAUCUCAGACAAUUUUGAUAGACAGCUCUUCGCUUCCCACACCGACUGGUAUUCACUCUUCUGCCCCUCCACCUCAGAUUCCCAGCUGGACUUCCACUUGCCGCAUCACCCUUCCCCAAAGACUCAAACACAACAUCCUCGAAAACUUGCGACAACCAUGAUGAACCAGAACCGUUUGCUGGGGCAACCCAUGCAUCUCAUGGAUGACCGGGGACAUUACAUGCAUCUCCAGGUGGAAGACGCUCGCGCGGCUGCGUAUUCGCAGAGCAUGUCUCCAUUAACGGUACGGCUUGACCUCAACAGUACUCUUUCAAGCAGCGGAAGCACUUAUUGUGAAUCUGAUAUUGAGUCGCUUGAGCACUUCGAGGAGCCUUUCACCUCUCGGAGUGUGGAAAAGCAUGCUGGGCUUGUUCAUCCAACACCACUGAGCAACAUGUUCGCGACAGCUAGCAAUUCCUUCCUUUCGGGCACCGAGGAGACUUCUUCUCUUUCAUCCUUUGAAGUACCAAAUGUCUCACGGGACGGGCAGGCCUCCUCCAGCACUCAAUUCAAUGUGCCAAACCCAAUCCCAAACCCGAACAUCGCCAACUACCCUAUGAACACACACCUCGGCCCUCACCCACACAACACAUAUCUCACGCCACCCUUCGCCGCUGCACAUGCAAAGUCUGGGGUAUUUGGCCAGGUUAUCCAAUGGGGCGCCAGCCAACCAGCCAACACGACUGAUAUCUGGUAUCCUACUCGUGACCCCACUGACGUACCAGAGAGCAGCUGGCACAAUAACGGUUACAGCGCACCUUGGCCCGUCUCGAAUGCAUACACUUUGGCAAGCGACUGCAACGAACGCCUAACCGGGCCCAUGAGCCACUUUUCCCCUUUGCCAACUCCGGGAACCUUCGUUGCCUCAAUUGAACCACCUCAGUACCAACCCACCAUGCAACCAAUGUACGUUCCAAACGCACACGACACAGACUUUGCCUCCCUGGACCAGAAACCCGCAAGCAGCCUCAGUCCAUCCUUCUCCUCCUCAAGCAACGAAGAGGGACGAUCCCCGCAGCACAGCGGAGAAGAACAAGGCAGUAUUGGAUCAAGUGUGCACUACAGUGACAAUCGGGACGCAUUCCUCAUUGACUGCAAGCGCCGCGGUCUAUCGUACAAGGAUAUCAAGCGUGUGGGUGGGUUCAAGGAGGCGGAGUCUACACUGCGAGGCCGAUACCGUACCCUCACCAAGUCGAAAGAUCAGCGGGUGCGGAAGCCCAGAUGGCUAGAGAAGGAUAUUCGACUCCUUCGCCAGGCCGUCAACAUUCACGCCGAAACCCCCGACAAUUACAGCUCGCUGGCCAAUGCCAGCAUGAGCAUGAGUGAGCCACCCAAAGUUUCGUGGAAGAAGGUUGCUGAACAUAUCUGGGCGCAUGGGGGAUCUUAUCAUUUUGGAAAUGCUACUUGCAAGAAGAAAUGGUGUGAGAUCCACCACAUCACGCUUUGA